AUGUCUGCGGAGCGCACAUUGGCACCCGAGCAGGAGGCACUUACCUGGCAGAGGUUUCGCACAGCCUUCUACUCCAGGUAUUUCCCUUCAAGUCGCCUUAGGGAGCUAGAGAGAGAAUUUCUAAAUCUGUCUCAAGGAACUAUGACCGUGGAUGAGUAUGAGGCAGAGUUUGACAGGUUAGCUCGAUUUGCUCCCACCCUCGUCAUGGAUGCAGAGUCCCGGAUGAGGAGAUUUGAAGAAGGAUUGAAGCCUCAAUUACGUCGGGGUUUGGCCGUAGUGCACUCAACCAACUAUGAUGACCUGGUAGAUAGAGCCAAGAAUAUGGAAAUUGUCUGGAAGGAAACACAAGAUUCAAAAGAUAGAAUACAAAAGAAGAGGAGCAGAGAUGAUGAUACUCAUAGUGGACAAAAUUCUAGUAGGACAGCAAAAUCUCGUAAUAGGUCUGGGCAAUUAGAAAAGCAAGGAUCUUAUGGAGAGACUAUUCAACAAGACCAGUCUAAAUGUGAAACAUGUGGUGGUGCCCAUAAGACAGAACUCUGUAGACGAUUAUCUGGCGCAUGUUUCAGAUGUGGCCAACAGGGUCAUAAGAUAGCAGAGUGCCCUCACAAUCGGCAAGUAUCACAAUCAAAUCAGAGGCCUCAAGCUACAAGGACCCAGCAAGUGCAAGGUUCUCCUACUCCGGUUCAGAUUGCUCAGCCUUCUUCUCCUAAGCAGCAGAUAGGAGGGAGACCGCACACACAGGGUCGUAUUUAUGCACUGACUCAGCAGGAUGCUCAGGCAUCCAAUACUGUGGUGUCAGAGUAUGAUUUGCAUGUUAACACCCCUGCCGAAAGUGGGAGGAUUUGUAAUCAGGUUUGCAAGACUUGUCCAGUUCAGAUAGUAGGUAGAGACUUGCCUGCUAAUUUGAUAGCUAUAGAUAUGUAUGACUUUGACAUAAUUCUCGGUAUGGACUGGUUAGCGUCCCACUUUGCUACCAUUAACUGUCAUGAAAAGCGGUUUGUACGUGUGGUUGAUAGAAAAGAACAAGUGUUGAGAAGGCGCACGAUUCCUUAUGUUAAGAUUCAGUGGAGCAAUCACUCUGAAUGUGAGGCUACGUGGGAACUGGAGGACGAGAUGAAGGAGAAAUAUCCGAACCUUUUUGCAAGCUAA